AUGGACUUUCUACUGAAGCUACAAGGACAUGACAUGCUCGGUUAUAUCAUAUUGGAGUUGAUUCACAGAGAAGAUGUUGGAGAAGUACAUGAAGAAGAUGAUGGCAUGGAGGAUAUCACUAAAAAAUACCAUAAUGAGGUUGGUGAAGUAGUUCAAGGAGUACCACAACUGAGAAGGUCGGGUCGACAAAUAAGUCAGUCGCGGUACCUUGAAGACUAUGUUAUGCAGUCCGAAACAACUUAUGGAUUGUUCCACCAAGCUUAUGUUAAAAGUAAGAGACGUCAACUUUCAACAAGUAAUGAGCCAAGAGGCUAA